GACAAGCGCCUGAGAGAGUCGUUACCCGAGAACCUUUAAGGUCUUGUCUUGUCUUUCUGAUAUUCUACAGCAUUAGUACUUUGUAUAUAAUGGCGUUCUUCCCUGAGGAUGAUUGGUCGCAACAACAGCAGCAGCAACAACCGCAGCAUUACUCCGGAUAUCCUAUGAUAGGGCCGUCUGUCUUCCCUCAGUAUGCCCCGCAGCGGAAGCAGUAUGAUCCCGGGACAAGCUAGCAUGACCCGAGGGCCGUCGAAACCUCUGGUCCUCUCGUCGCCCCACACAAGGCUCCUCACUACGUGACGGCACCCACCUAUGGUGUAUCACCCGUAUCGAACACGGAGCCUCACGUCCCCGUCAAGGCCCACGCUCCCAGGACGCUGGACCCUAUGAACACGAAGGAAAUCAUCUACAACAAGCCUGUCAUGGCAGACGAUGUCUUUUUUACUACCCCUGUCGAUGUCAUGAUGAAGGCACUCCAGAAGAGGAAGGACAAGGAGGACCUAGCUACCAGCAGGUCUUCAGAGGCUAGUACCUGCAGUGUCAAGUCCGAGCUGUCUUCGGCCCAUCCAUCUGCCACUGAAUGCAGCCAAGAUGACACUGACAAGGCAAAGAGAUAUAGGUGUCCUUACGAUGGCUGCCGCAAGAGCUUCCAGCAGAACACGCAUCUGAAAACCCACAAGCGUGCUCACAAUGGCGACAAGCCUUACCCGAAUCCAGAUGGUUUGAGAACCGUUAUUACCUCUAGCGGCAUACUAGAAUGCACCAGGAAUGCGAGUGGCAUGGGCGAGUGCCCUUUCAAGAGCGAGAUCUGCAGGGCCUGCUUUGCCCAACGCGGCAACCUGACAGCACACAAGGAGACGCACAGAAAGACCAAGCGUUUCGUCUGCAAGCUCGAAAACUGUGACAAAAACUUCACGACCCGAGGAAACCUCAAGAACCACCAGAAUAAGUACCAUAAGGAGACCAUCGGACGUAUUGUGGACUUGAUCGUCUCUCUCAGGAACGUCGGCGCGUUGUCGCCCAAAGACCGCGACCUGAUCUCCUACAUUUCCAACAUCUACAAGAACAGUAACAAGGGUAUCAAGGGUCGUGGCCGAGACCGCCGGGUCAGCGAGGUCCGUAUAGGCAAGGCGAAGCUCUCCUCGCCUGGUAUGGGCGUCCCCUGAUGAAAGAUGCUCGACUCGUCUUUCUGCCACAUGGAAUGACGAGGAUUAUCCUGUUACAAUUGGAUUUCUUUAGUCUGCUGGCUUUAGAGCCUCUGUACGGCGAGAAAGGUGUACAAAGGAAUCGAAUGAGAAGACUGAAUGAAUGCCUAGCUUAGUGCACACGUGAAGAAGGUGCUCUC